AUGGCUACCACUGAUUCACAGCCUGGAAUUGCUGGUGGUUGGUCGACUGCAAAUGUGGACGAUGUCAAGAAAGUGUACUUCGAUGCCGUGCAGCAGUCCAAGGCCUCCGCCAACACCACCCGACUCUGUGCAACAGAAUUCACGUCUGCGCAGUCGCAAGUGGUUGCCGGUAUCAACUACAAGCUCAAUGUGAACGCGUGUACCGUGAGCUCUGCGAAUGAAACGACAGCAUCGUGUAAGUGCCCCCCUUCUAGCACCAAACCGUACGUUGUGAGCUUGUUCGCCAGCCUCGAUGGGGUAUCCACUAUCUCAAGCAUUGACAACCCCCUCACCACGACAGCACCACCAAACAUCUCAAGCAUUGACAACCCCCUCACCACGACAGCGCCACCAAACAACAACGUCGCCGCGUCUAUCAAGUCGGCAGGGACGAAAUCCUCCUCCGCGCCCGCCAUGGGGCUUGGGUUCAUAGCAGCAUCGUUGGCUACCGCUAUUGUCUCCAUUAUCUGA